CGCCUGAGCUGCUUUGAAAACAAAACUAGUCUCCGUAUCUCUAUAUUUUGUUAUUUAUUGAUCACUUAAAAAAGAAGAAGAAGAAGAACCCCGGCACUGUUGGGGUCUAUCCUUUCGCAUUGGAUAUCCCUGGAUGUUCGCAUCAAAGCAAGUCUUGCAACACUUCCAACAAAACCAGAGACAAACAAGAACAGCAACAACAAGCAGCCCCCCCUCCCCGAGCGCAGGUCCCCCCCCCUUUUAAAUGAAAUCCUGAGAAUGAGAAUCCGAACAGGUUGAUCUCGUCAGAGAAGUGCCAAAGAAGAGCGACGGCUACUUAGCGCUGCCGCCGGUGGGUUGUCGAGGGGGAAAGCGGCGGAGGGGAAGACAGGAAGGGGGGGGGACAGACACACAAACGGAAAGAGAGAGAGAGAGAGAGAGAGAGAGAGACAGACAGACAGACAGACAGACAGACAGACAAGCCCCGCGAGCUGCGAGGGGUUCUCGGAUCUGGAAGGAGAAGUACGCUUGGAGAAAGUACAGCGAUGCCAAGGCGGAAGCAGCAGGCACCCAAACGGGCAGCAGGUUACGUCCAAGAAGAUGAUUUGAAAGACGAGGAUGACAUAAAAGAGGAAGAAGAGGAUGAUGAUGAGAGCAAUUCAACAGCUCAUCUUCAGGGCAGCAAUGACCCUGGCACAGAUGAAGAGCAUGAUGCUGGGCCCGAUCCAAAAGGUGGCUUUAGCUACCAGAACUCUCCAGUAAGUCAUAUCUCCAAUCAGGAUGUUGAAAACGAAUCAUUGCUAAGUGAUGCGAGUGACCAGGUGGCAGAUAUCAAAAGCCUUUGUUCUAGGGAAUCACAAGAUCCCAAAGCCAAUGUCCACCCCAAACAUCCAAGCGAAGCUCACAGCUGCAUGGAUAAAAUGACAGCUGUAUAUGCCAACAUCCUUUCAGAUUCUUAUUGGACAGGUUUAGGACUUGGGCUCAAGCUGUCCCAUUCGGACAAGAGGGGAUGCGACAACAGAAAUGGAGCAAGCAAAAGUGACUUCGACUGGCACCAAGAUGCAUUGACCAAGAGCCUGCAACAGAGCUUACCAGCUCGGCCUGUCUCCAAGCCAAACCUUUUUAGUUCGGUCCAGCUCUAUAGACAAAGCAGCAAAAUGUGUGGGACUGUAUUCACAGGCGCUAGUAGGUUUCGGUGUAGGCAGUGCAGCGCUGCCUAUGACACCUUGGUGGAGCUGACUGUUCAUAUGAAUGAGAGUGGUCAUUAUCAAGAUGACAACCAUAAAAAAGACAAGCACAGGCCUACCAGCUACUCCAAGCCCCGGAAAAGGGCCUUUCAGGACAUGGAUAAAGAAGAUGCCCAGAAAGUUCUGAAAUGUAUGUUCUGUGGCGAUUCUUUUGAUUCCCUUCAAGAUCUUAGUGUUCACAUGAUAAAAACAAAACACUACCAAAAAGUGCCUUUGAAGGAGCCAGUACCUACUAUUUCUUCCAAAAUGGUAACUCCAGCUAAAAAACGUGUGUUUGAUGUCAACAGGCCUUGCUCCCCAGACUCAACCACUGGGUCCUUUGCUGACACCUUUUCUUCCCAGAAGAAUGCAAACCUGCAGUUGUCAUCUAACAAUCGCUAUGGCUACCAGAAUGGAGCGAGUUACACAUGGCAGUUUGAAGCAUGCAAGUCGCAGAUCCUCAAGUGCAUGGAAUGUGGGAGCUCACACGAUACCUUGCAGCAACUCACCACACACAUGAUGGUCACAGGUCACUUCUUGAAAGUCACAAGCUCAGCCUCAAAGAAAGGAAAACAACUCGUUUUGGAUCCCCUGGCGGUGGAGAAAAUGCAGUCACUUUCUGAAGCACCUGCUGGUGACAGCCCACAUUUGAAACCUUCCAGUAAUGCAUCAACAGAUUCUACAGCUCCUGUUUUAGAGCUAAAGAAAGAAAGAAAGCAAAAUAAAUCUGAGGAAGUGAGCAAAGAUGAGAAAGUGCUAAACAAUGAAGACUAUGAAGACACUCUUCAAAAACCACUGGAUCCUACAAUAAAAUACCAGUAUCUUAGGGAGGAAGAUUUAGAAGAUGCUUCAAAAGGUGGUGGAGACAUUUUGAAGUCUUUGGAAAACACCGUCACCACUGCCAUCAAUAAAGCUCAAAAUGGAGCACCCAGCUGGAGUGCAUAUCCUAGUAUCCAUGCAGCCUAUCAACUUUCAGAAGGAGCAAAACCUUCCUUACCAGUGGGGUCCCAGGUUUUGCAAGUUAGGCCAACAGUCACUCAUAAGCUGAGGCCUAUUGCUCCAAAAUGGAAAGUUAUGCCUCUGGUUCCUAUCUCAGCUAACAUGGCCCAAUGCACUCAAGUGAAGAAGGAAGGAGACACCAAAAAGGAAGCACAAAAGGAUUAUGUUAAAGAUGGCAACAAAGUUGUUGAUGCUGCCCCUGCCUGUCCAAAUGAAGGACAAUCUCCCCUUCAAUCUGAGGUGUGCGUAGAGCCCAAAAAGUCAGAACCAAGCCCUUUGAAAGAAGAGGACAAGGCAAAAGAAGAGGAGGGAAAAGAAAAAACAAAAACAAAGGAGUCAGCAACACCAUCUCUUACCAAUGGAUGCACUGCUGCUAACCACUCCUCUGAGCUGCCUUGUUUAAACCCGCUGAGCGCCCUGCAGUCUGUGCUGAAUAACCACUUGGGCAAAGCGAAUGAGCCUUUGAGACCUCAGUCAAACUCCAGUCCCAGUUCAAGUUCAGUCUCUUUGUUCCACAAACCUAAUUUAAACAUGAUGGAAAAGCCAGUUUUAUCUCCCACCCCAGCACCAACAAAACCUGCAGCUGUCACAUCCAGGUGUUAUGUGUUUGAAAAUAGCGAUCAGCCAAUAGACUUGACCAAAUCUAAAAGCAAGAAAGGAGAGUCUGUUCAAGCACAAUCUUGCACUUCACCACCUCAGAAACAUGCACUGUCUGAUAUUGCAGACAUGGUCAAAGUUCUUCCGAAAGCUACGACCCCAAAACCCGCUGCCUCAUCCAGAAUCCCAUCAAUGAAACUGGAAAUGGAUGUCCGGCGUUUUGAAGAUGUCUCAGCAGAAGUCUCCACCUUGCACAAAAGAAAGGGAAGGCAGUCCAACUGGAAUCCUCAACAUCUCUUGAUUUUGCAAGCUCAGUUUGCUUCCAGUCUUUUCCAAACUUCUGAAGGCAAAUAUUUAUUGUCGGACUUGGGCCCUCAAGAACGCAUGCAGAUUUCCAAAUUUACUGGACUGUCCAUGACCACCAUAAGCCAUUGGUUGGCAAAUGUCAAGUAUCAACUCAGAAAAACUGGAGGGACAAAGUUUUUGAAAAACAUGGAUAAAGGGCACCCCAUCUUUUACUGCAGUGACUGUGCAUCUCAGUUUAGAACCCCGUCAACAUACAUCAGCCAUUUAGAAUCCCAUCUAGGUUUCCAAAUGAAAGACAUGAACAAGCUGGCUGUGGAGCAGCAAACCAAGGUAGAACAAGAGAUUUCCAGAAUUUCAGUUCAAAGGUCUCCUGAAACAAUAGCUGGAGAAGAGGACACAGACUCUAAGUUCAAAUGUAAGUUGUGCUCUCGGACAUUUGUGAGCAAACAUGCAGUAAAACUUCAUCUAAGCAAAACACACAGCAAGUCACCAGAACACCAUUCACAGUUUGUAGCAGAAGUGGAUGAAGAAUAACUCCUAAGGACAAAUGCCUUAACGCCCCUCCGCCAGCGCUCCCACCGUGACUGCCCGCCCUGAGCCCUCCUCCACACAUUGCACCACUGCUGACAUUGAACUUCCAACAACCUGGACUGAGAAGACUGCCAAAAGAAUAGUAAAAAUCUCCAGCUAUUCUUCUUCAUCCUCACUAACAAUUUGGUAAUGAAGUAUUGAUUUCCACUCCCCUGCUUAUGGACGAUAUUAGAUUUUCAUUGAUAAACUGCACCAAGGCUGUCUGGUCUCCACUGUCCCCUUUCUGCUGUCACUAAAACGAAGUACCACUGAAGUAGGAUAAUGACUGAAAACAUUGAUGUACUUAUUUUGUCAAUUUGUAACACUCGACAGGAAAGGGGGAAAAAGUAUAAUUCUUCAUCGUUUAACGUCCAAGCGUGUUCCACAAGAUGCAGUCACACUGGAAGUUUUGCUUUUCAUGGUAAUCUCUGUUUCCUAUUUAUAACCCCUUUGGGAUAGUUUGUCUAAAGGAAAUGUUUCAACUCAGUGCAGCUAUUACGGGUGCACCUGGGUUGCCCAAUCCAGUCAUGGCACUUGGGAUCAAUACAUCACUGUAAGUAGAAGAAUUAUUAAGUUAAAACAGAUUCCGAGCCAAAAAAACUCGGAACAGCGUUACUCUUCCCAGCAAGUUGUUCCACUAGUUACGGUUAACCAUGUUGUUGCCAAAGAUUUGUUGAAAAUGGAUUGUUUUUCAGCUCUGUUACUUCUCUUGUCUUUUCUUUUAAGUUAAACAUCGUCAUGGUUCUGUAUUUCCAGGUGUAUGCAAUGAAACUUUUUUCCCAAACAACAACAGAAACAAAUGUAUUUUUGACAUGUGUAUUGAGAGCUAAAACCUUUUCCAGUUUGUAUCAGUGCAAGAACAAACAGCUCACUUAUUGUCAAGACUCUUCUAGAUGCUUAGUAAUGUAAAGACCCCUAGUAUCAUUGUCUCUUGCUACCUAUUUCUUAAAUUCCAGCUUAUUUUCCAAAGGAGCUUAAUUGUCUUGAAAAAGAGGCAGAAGGAAGCAUUCUGU